AUGGCGGCUGAACUUACACCCUCGCAAUCAGUUGCGACCAAGUUGCACGACAAGAAAGUGGACGAAGAGUCUCAGAAGGUUGACUCUCUCCAGCCCGACUGCAGCGGACCCGCCUCUGACACACCUUGUUCCGAAGACGACCAGGGACUCGAGGAUAACUCCAACGUCCCCAAACUAUCGUAUCCGAAACUUUUCUGGUUCUUCUUCUACAACUUCGGCCUCUUUGCUUGGGGCGGACCGGUCGCGCAGAUUGCCCUGAUCAAAGAAAGGCUUGUGGUCCAGGACAAGUGGAUCACCCUCCCUCGCUUCCAGCGCGUCUUCUCCGUCUAUCAGAUCCUCCCCGGGCCUGAGGCUGCCGAAUUAUGUAUGUUCUUCGGUUGCUUGUCUGCGGGUAGGAUAGGUGGUAUUAUUGCGGGGAUGGCAUUCAUCCUGCCCGGGUUUGCUUUGAUGCUACUGGCUAGUUAUUUGUAUACCCUGGCUGGUUUUGAGAAUAAGUACUUCAAUGCUUCGUUUCGGGCUUUGCAGCCUAUCGUCGCGGCAAUGAUCUUAAGAGCAACUCACAAGAUAGCUGACCACUCCGUGAGAAAGCAUGGCACGAGGAAAAUUGACCCUUUUCUCGUGAUUGCAGCCAUCUGCACGGCGGUCAACGGCGCACUUCGCAUAAACAUUUUCAUCUCCCUUGGGCUCUACGGCAUAAUCUACACUUUCAUCGCUCGGCGCCUCUGGAUCCCUGCGGCCGCGCUCUUCAUCCUACAAUAUGUCGGUUACGCACUCUAUGUCGUCUUCCGCGGGGUGCCCUCACCCGUGUCGCUGGCCCUCGGUAUCGCUCAGACACCCUCGUUGAUCAACCUCUUCGUGCUAGGCCUCGUGGCCGGCACGCUCUCGUUCGGCGGCGCGUAUACGGCCAUCCCGUUUGUGCAGGUCGAGGCCGUCUUGAUGGGGGCGUGGCUCCCGCAGAGCGUGUUCAUCGAUGGCAUUGCCAUUGGGAAUAUCUUGCCGGCACCGCUGGUUAUUUUUGCAACGUUUGUGGGUUUUCAGGGCGCGUACUUGGAUGGGUCGAUUGGCAACGCGUUUGCGGGGGCGAUUAUUAUUACUCUGGGAAUGUUUUUCCCCUGUUUCCUGUUUACCAUUGCGGGGCAUGAGUUGUUGGAAAAGUUGGUUCGAAAUAAGUUCCUCGCCAGCUUCUUUGACGGCCUAUGCGGCUCGGUCAUUGGCGUCAUAGCAAUCAUCGCGGCGCAGAUUCUCAAGGCAAGUAUCGAGGGCUCUCUGGAAAGGGUGAAGGAUAAGCCAAUUGGUGAGGUGAUCGACACAACCGCUCAGGUCGGCCCGGCGGCGGUUCUGUACAUGCUUGCCCUGGCGGUUCUCUACAAGUUUACUAACAAGUACACUGCACUCUUACUAGUUAUCAUGGGUGCGGUCGCGGGUCAGUUUCUGUUUGUAGACUAG